AUGUGGCAAGGAUCACAUUUGGCUUUCAUCCUCGCCGCAGCGGGUUUCUUCGCCCCGGGUGUUCAGGCCGUCGACACCCUCGUUGAUGUCGGUUACGCCCAGUUCCAAGGCGCCGUGACCGAUGCGGAGCUGGGCGUGACGACUUGGAAGGGUAUUCAGUUUGCUGCUCCUCCGGUGGGCGACCUCCGCUUCGCCGCGCCGGCCGACCCGGUCCAGUCCGGACUUGUCAACGCCACGGCACACGGCCCCAUCUGCCCUCCCCAGCAGCCCACCGAUUGGACCGUUUCCAGCACCAACCCGCGCUUCACCGUCGACGAGGACUGUCUCUACCUUAGUGUUACGGCCCCCUCAGAUGCGCAAACCGACUCUAGACUGCCCGUCGUCUUCUUCCUCCAGGGUGGCGGGUUCGGAUCCAACUCGAACGCAAACUGGGAUGCCAGCGAGAUUGCUUCGGAUGGAAACGUUAUUGUUGUUCAGAUCAACUACAGAGUUGGCAUGUACGGCUUCCUCCAGGGUGAGGAGGUCCGGGCUAGUGGCGGUCUCAACGCCGGAGUCAAGGAUAUGGUGAAAGCUCUUGAGUGGGUUCAGACCAACAUUGGGCACUUUGGCGGAAACCCCGAGCAAGUUGUCCUCGACGGUGUUAGUGCCGGCGGUUCAGCUGUCGGUCUUCUCAUGACUGCUGAUCUCGGCAGCAAGCAGCUCUUUGCUGGAGGUAUCGCGGAGUCUGGCGGCUGGGUUACGAUGCGCACCAUGGAGCAGGGACAGGGCCAGUACGACUGCCUCGUCAAGGAGAAGAACUGCACUGAUGCAACUGACUCUCUUACCUGCCUUCGCGCCUUGAACCAGUCUGCAGUUCGUUCUUCAAGCUGCUGGUUCAACCCGGGUAUCGAUGGCGAGCUCUUCACCGACAGCAUGGUCAACCUCUUCAAGCAGGGCAAGUACAAUAAGGUUCCAACGAUAUGGGGAUCUUGCGCCCAGGAGGGGACCAUGUACUCUGCUCCUCAAUCUACCAACUCUACUGAAGAAGCCAACACUUGGCUCCUCGGACAAGAUCCCUCCCUAUCCAACGCAUCCCUCGCUAUCCUUGACGAUCUUUACAUCAACACCCCCCGCACCGUCUACCCCGAGUCUGGAAUCAAGUGGAGGCAGACCGCCGACGCGAUUGGUGACAUUGGCAACCACUGCAUCAUCCGCAACAUUCAGAACUACCUUGCCCGGGACGAAGCCAUCACCUACAACUACAAGUUCGCCGUCCAGGACCCCAAGAACGAGGCCGAGGGCUUCGGUGCGUACCACACUGUAAACACCUACGCCUUCUGGGGUAACAACAGGACCGAUGGCCAAGCGCCCGAGUCCUACUUCACCAUCAACAAGCCCAUCAUCUCGCAGUUCCGCAAGUACUGGGUCUCGUUCAUCCGCAACCUGGACCCCAACACCGACCGUGAAAAGGGUGCUGCCGAGUGGAGACCAUUCACUGGUCCCGAAGGCCGUGAACGUCUGUUUGUGCAGACGAACAACACCCAUAUGGAGAGGAUGAGCACUGCUCAGAACUUGCGUUGCGAUGUUGUCAGACCUACGUCGGAGAACUUGGGCAAGCCGGUGAACACUGGCGUAGUCACUGAGCUGGAUGCUACCCUGGCGGCUAGCAUCAACAGCACCACUGAGGACACCAAGUUCAGAAAGAGACACGUUAGACAGUUCUCUCGGUACUACUAA